GUUGGUAUCCUCGUUGGCGGUACCUCUGUCGUGGGGGCAGAAGGGGGUGAGGUGCAGGAAACGACAGAAGAAGGCUUAGAUAACCUCCCAAAAGAGAACCCGUGCUGUCCGUUCCCAACGACUACAUGGUUGGUGACCAGAAUGGAGAAGAUCAUGUAGACGAGGCGGAGGACGCAUGGUAAGCCGAGCCAUAAUCCCGGAACGAUCGAGCCGAGGCGGCUGAUGUAGAGGAGAAUCUGCCAUGGGGUUGAGAUGCCCAAGACUACGGCGACGCGGGGUCGGAGGACGGACGUGGAUUGGGUUUGCCCGGACGAGGGGGGAACGGGGCCGGAGGAUUGGGUGACGGCUCGGAGGAGCUGGUGGUGGUGGUGGUGAUCGGCGGUGACGGAAGGGUGGGUUAUGGGCUCGGUUGAUAUGGCUGUUGAGACAGCCGUGGUUGUCGCAGUCUUGCUGCUGUAUGGAGGCGGGUUGUCGCCAUAUCGAGGAGUUUGCGCCCUUGAGCGGGCGGGGGAGGUGGUCGUCGAGCCGGUGACAUGAGUGGCAUAGUCGGUGGUGGUGUUGCUGUUUGCGCCUGGUGCGCUAUCCGCUGCUGCUGCUGUUCGGCGCUGCUGCGCGGCUGGCAUUGCGAGGUUGGACAUCAAGACACUGGCUCUCUAGUUUAUACCCAUAGAGCAAAUGGGAGUCACCUGAGAGGGGUUUCACCACUCCAUGGAAAAGGCGAAAAGAGACGGGGAGAAGGGGGAGAGAAAUCUAUACCUUAGGUGGCAGCGGCGGAGGGGCCGGAUCUCGGUAGGUUCAGAUAGACGGCGGUGAUGUGAAUUUCGAUUUUGGGGUCUAUCUUUUCGCUUCAGUGCAAGUGGCUUUCUCGUCGUCAGCGGCCCAGCGAUCAAUGUCGCAACAAGGGGUGCUCGAUGCAAGCCUCCCACGAACGAUUGCUACUAGGGGCUCCCCUGGCUACGAAAACCGGCCUUUCAUUGGUCAGCAUCUCUUCGAGAAGCCCAGACCUCUGGGAAGCUCCAGAGGGUUAACCUUCCGUGGUGGGGGUUGGUCUUGACUGUGGUGAUAACUGAUAGCGAUCAUUGGGUGUGCUGGACCCACAUAUUUUUUGCCGCGAGCGCCCGAAAUUUUGAGAGCUUCGGAGCUUCCUGGUGUUGCGCUGUCGGCUACGCCCGCGCAACAGCUUCCGUUCGAUCGACCGUUUCCGACGUCGCCGCCGACGAAUACCGGCUCGUUACUUUAUUGGUGCGGUCAACCUGGGCAACCGACAAGGCGACAAGCCGACUCAUAGCACGCAGGCGGGGUGGCCAUCAGGGUUGAGGUACUUCGGAGGCGGGGACCAAGAGGACGGAGGGAGAAGUUCAGGGUCAGCACAGUACGGCGGUAGCAACCAUGGCUUCAGUAUCUAGGUCAGGACUCGGUGCCUGGGGGGUGUUGUCGUCACAGGCCUCCGCUAGGAUAUCACCACGCGUGGUACGCGUUGCGCCAACAUGUUUCUUCAGCACAUCCGCUGCACUCGCCAGAAGCGUCAGGAGAGCGAACAGGGCGCCGGCGCGCGACGAGAUCCGUUCCCCCUCUGCUCAAAUUGCCCAACAAAAACUCAAUCAAAAGGUGACAUCAAAUGCCAUCAAUGUCAUCUUUCCAGGCACCUUUGUCCGUCCUCCAUGGGACCAAUGGCCCAAGGACUUCUCGUCCAGAUUCGCCUUCUUCCGGACCUGGGUCACUGUCAAGGCCAGAGAGGCGGCGACCAAGUUCGCCAUGGUUCAUUCCUCGAGGCCCCGGUUCUUCAAGCGUGCCGCUCUCAAAACCAGCAACCCGCUUGCGAUUCUCACAGCAAAGGGCCUCCACCGCUCCAUGAUGGAAGCCCUCGCCAGCGGCGACAAGGACACAAUCCGCAAGGUUUGCGCCAGCAAGCUUGCUCUGCCUCUGCAGGCUACCAUCGACAAUCGUCCCAAGGACAAGCUGAUGGCAUGGGAGCUGGUGGAGUAUACCAAGACGUGGUUUUAUCCUACUGUUCUUUCGCACAAGCUCUCGCCCAUCGAGAAGAGCAAGGAUGCGCCCAUCAUUGAGCAAGUGGUGGUGGCCAUUUCUAGCAAGCAGCGUCGGUAUCAGUAUGUUCUCGGGGCUGAUGGGGAGCGCAAGAAGCUGGCUGGAACAGAGAAAGAGAUGGAUAUUAUAGAAAACAUCGUCAUUGGCUGUGUGGUUGACCCUCACACCUGGCAGCGUGAUGAGUGGCGGAUCGUUGGAAGCAUGAAGGCGACGGACCCGAAUGAGUGGAAGGAAGAGGAACGGCUGGUCAAGAUGGUGGAGCAUUCGGAGGCUAUGAAGAGGUAGAGGUAACUGGGAUGGCGAAAUGGUCGUGUCAGUAUGCUCGAGAAGUUGUACAUUACAAGAUGC